AUGCGUGGUGCGGGGGGUGAGGGAGGGAACGUUGUCGGGACUCUCGCGGCGGCUGGCGACAACGCGGCGUACGCCCCAGUCUGCGCGCUGUUCACAUGUUGCGUGUGCCGCCGCACGGUGCAACUUGAUGGACAAAAUGUUGCGUGUCACACGCGUCUCCCGGCCAAAACCGCAAUACGCCUGUUAUCGCCACUCUCAACAUCACCGUCGCACGUCGGAGGGUUUCUGAUGUCGUCCCGGGCGUCGUGCUGCUUGGACGAUGAAGCAGGCGAGCGGCGGCGUCUCCGGGAUCGUCACAUGCGUGUUCUCCACGAACUUGAAGAGGCAUGUCUAGGGCAAGAGGGGCGGGCGCAGCAAACAUGCCUCCAGGAACCCCGGGAUUUGGAGAGUGAACGGGAGCUACACGAAACCCGGCGGCGGCAGAAGCUGCACCCCGCCAUCAAAGGGUCGCUGCUAAGUGCGGCGGGAAAGUACGCCCCGCUCGCCCCAUCGCCACUCUCGCCGUGGCUUCACGAGCGGUGUGCCCUGCUGAAGGAGGACCCACGCGUUGUGCGGGGAAGCAAACCUCCGGCGAUAUCGUCGCACACGAAACGCACACCAAUCGCCCAGGCGCGUAUGGUAACGCGACUCGCGCCAUUGUUUGUGUACCAGUAUGAGUGGUUGGCGAAUGGGGAGCCCGCGGUGUAUAUGCGGGAGCUUUGGCGCAUGCUACAUGAUGGCCCGGUUCCACCGCCUCAGCCCUCAAGUCAACUGACCGUUCAACGCGCCGAGUUUUCUUUGGAGGAGCCGGCGGUGCCUCUCUCGCCCCCGAGUGGAACUCAUCAGUGUGAGCCAACGCGUUCGGCAUCCCCGUCUUCAUUGUCACCUGCAUGCGCUGAUUCAUCGUCAUCCGUCGUUGCGCACGCGCAGCCGCUGUCUGUGCCUUUCGAGGACACCGCGGCUCUUCACUCUCACUUGCCUUUUUCAGCGGGAAAUGUGCGUCCGCACACCGGCUUAAUAACUGCACAGUCAACGCCACAUUCGCCGCGAGUUUUGAAUCUACGGAAAAUUACGUACAUGGCGCCUUAUGCAGCGGGACUCCCCGGCGCGGCGCACACGACAGCUGCUCAGCAUGCAGGGACGGCGAGCGAUUCCUCUUCCAUGACGACAGCAACUUCUUUGCCGCUGAAGUCAUGUCCUGCUUCUCUAUCCAGGGAGGAUUUCCUAUCUAGCUUUUCUCGAAAUUUACUCUGCCUCGUGGUUCAUAAGAGCCGCACGGACGUUCCGCUCUGUACUUCCUGCUGGAAAGACUCUCUGGAGACGCAGCGGAAAGAGACGACCCGCAUCAUGGAGGACGUCGUCGCCCUCUCGGCCGUGUCUGCCAGCCCUGAUGCGAAUAGCGUCAUCCUUUGCUUCUGUCCGCGUCGUCAGCGCGAUGCGGAAGGCGUUGUGGCGCACAACAGCUUCACCCAGCAGGUGGGCCUCAUCGAGCAUGGAGAAAAGCCUUUGGGGCGGCGGCAACCGUCAGCUGGCGACGACGUGUUGUUGUGCGUUUCUGCGGCAGAGUGCGGCGUCGUGUCGCAGGAGUCACUGCAUCGUUUGCAGGUUGAGGUAUGGGAGGCGGACGAGAAGUCGCGCCUGGUGGCGAAGGCGUGUCAAGCGCUGCAGGAUGAACUGACGGCGCUCUCAAGACAACGCGUGGCAAGAAGGGCCGAGUGGGAGAUGGCAGCCGCCAAACACGACGCUCAGCAAGUGGUUUCCUUCUUUGCUGCGGAAGAUGCCGCGGCGGGGGUCUCAUUGCGCACGCGGCACGCGGCCUGUAGUUACCUUUGGAUGUCCAAAAUGCACGCGAUGUCGUUGGCAUUCCCCGUAGACACCAGUGGCCUUGUGGCAACCAUCGCAGGUCUGCGGCUUGGGAAGUGUCCCGCUGCUGCGUCGUCGCGAAGACACUCCUCCACUGGGCAGCAGCGUCAGUUUGUUUCCUUGCCACAGUCAGGCCCCGGCUCCGCAGCAGAGUCGAAUAAAAGUGUCGAGUCUACGGUGCUGAUGAACCUGCUGCAUAUGCAGCAGGAAUACGCACGCAGCUUCCUCGGGAGCCGCAAUGACAGUGUGAGUGCAGCGGAAAUCAAUCAGGCCUGUGGAUACCUCUUGCUGCUUCUGGAGUACAUCAAGGUGCAUCACCGUAUUCCGCUGGAGAAAUAUGCGCUUCGACCGAAUGGCGAGCAAAGUACCGUGGAGGUUGUCUCUUCACGCGGGUCACCGCCGCAGAUGACGCGUCGCUCCUCGGACUUUUACAUUUGUGAGAAACUAUUUGCAUGGAAGACGUUCGGUGCCGCAUGCGUCAUUGUCGCCGCAUUUGUGCAGGAGCUUGUGGCGUGGAUGGAAAGGCGCCUACUUGAGCUCCGAGACGACGUACAUCGGCGCCUUAGGGAAGAAGAAGAGGCGGCGGCGCAGUCGACGUGGGUGUCCUCUGCCGCGGCUGUUCUGGAGUCAUUGGGGCCGGCUGAGGCGCCGUACGCCAUUGUGCAGGACAAGGUGGACGGCUUUCCCGUGCGCCACGGCGACGUGGCUGAGGAGCUCUGGACGCUGGGGAUGAAGAAGUUGCUGGAGGUCGUUCAGUGGUGUGUGGCUGCCUCGGGGAGUGUGGACGCGUUGGAGCGGGUGUUGCAGGAGGCGUAG